UCUUUUAAAACCCUAGAGCCUAAAAACCCUUACAUCUACUUUUAAAAACUUAAAAAAAUCCCUUGUUAAAUUUGGUUAAUUUUGCUUUAACAACCUUUUUCAUUUUUCCUCUCCCAUUUUGAUUUUCUCCUUCUUAUACUUUUCCCAUAAACAACAAAUCUUGAUUUCACUUUCACUUUGGAAGGGAGAGAAGAAACCUUAGAAGUUUUUUUUUUUUUUUUCCAGAAAUGGCUACUCUUCUUAACAUCACAAAUGCCAGCCAACUAAUAUCAUCUCCAUCAAUUUCAUUAGGGUUUGCAAAGAAUAACUUCUGUAAAGAUGUUUAUCAAAUGGGUUUCUCUUCAAAAGCUCGUUCAAGACGUAGAAAUGACUUUGGUGUUUGCUGUUCUGCUUCUUCAUUUUCUGCAAUGGAGUCUGCUAAGAUUAAAGUUAUUGGUGUUGGUGGUGGAGGAAAUAAUGCAGUUAACAGGAUGAUUGGUAGUGGAUUACAGGGUAUCGAGUUCUAUGCCAUAAACACAGAUUCUCAAUCUUUGUUACAAUCUGCCACUAAGAACCCACUUCAAAUUGGAGAGCUUUUGACUCGUGGAUUAGGUACUGGUGGUAAUCCUCUUCUUGGAGAACAGGCUGCAGAGGAAUCAAAAGAAGCUAUCGCAGGUGCUCUCAAGGGAUCAGAUCUUGUGUUUAUAACAGCAGGCAUGGGUGGAGGAACUGGUUCUGGUGCUGCCCCAGUUGUUGCUCAGAUAGCAAAAGAAGCAGGUUAUUUGACUGUCGGUGUGGUUACCUAUCCAUUUAGUUUUGAGGGCCGAAAAAGAUCUGUUCAGGCAUUGGAGGCUAUUGAGAAAUUGCAAAGAAACGUUGACACCCUUAUAAUCAUACCCAACGACAGACUGUUGGAUGUUGCUGAUGAUCAAACAUCUCUUCAGGAUGCUUUUCUACUUGCGGAUGAUGUUUUACGCCAAGGAGUGCAGGGAAUUUCUGAUAUAAUCACGAUACCUGGACUGGUAAAUGUGGACUUUGCAGAUGUCAAGGCUGUCAUGAAAGAUUCUGGAACUGCAAUGCUUGGGGUCGGGGUUUCAUCUAGUAAAAACCGUGCAGAAGAAGCAGCCGAACAAGCAACUUUGGCACCUCUAAUUGGUUCGUCAAUUCAAUCUGCUACUGGAGUUGUAUACAAUAUAACUGGAGGGAAGGACAUGACCUUGCAAGAAGUGAAUAGAAUCUCCCAGGUUGUCACUAGGUUGGCAGAUCCAUCUGCUAACAUAAUAUUUGGGGCUGUUGUGGAUGAUGACCGAUACAAUGGUGAGAUUCAAGUGACAAUUAUUGCAACUGGCUUCUCUCAGUCUUUUCAGAAGACUCUACUGACAGACCCGAGAGCAGCACAGCUCGCUGAUAAAGUAAUGGCAUCCCAAGAAAGCAAGGGAACACCUUUGCCCUUAGAACCAGCCAAUGCAUAACCUGUUCCACCUCGGUCAACGCGAAGGCUAUUCUUUUGACCUCUGCCUGAGUCAUAGUAUUUUCUUACCUCUCUUUUCUGUGCUUUAUCCUUUCCUACUUCUCUUGUCAGUGCUUUUAGGUAGUAAAUUUGUAUGCGAGGUGAAUUUAACAGACCAAGAGAUAUAUGCUACAGAUCUGUUUUACAUCUUAUCAGUUCUUUCUAUGUUCUUUAUUGUUAUUUGCUACAUCAAUUAACUAAUUAAGGCUGAAAAAAUAUAAAUAGAUAGUGUGAUUUUGUGGAUA